AUGUCGGCUCCUAAAACUGCCGCUCCUUCCUCAUGCAAGGUCAUGCUGUCCAAGAAUGUGGCCAAUGGCCUGCUUGGUGAGGUGCAAGAAGGCAUCAAGACUCUCGACAAGCCGCCGCACCUGGUCGGCUUCCUGGCCAACGAUGACCCCGCUGCGCUGAUGUAUGCGCAAUGGACGCAGAAGACAUGCGAGGAGAAUGGAUUCGACUACUCCCUCCGCGAAGUAAGCCGCGACGACAUCGAAGAAUCAAUCCUAGCCGCUAACAACGACAACAACGUCGACGGCAUAAUCGUCUACUACCCAAUCUUCAACAACCGUCAAGACCAAUACCUGCAGCAAAUCGUCGACGUGCACAAAGAUGUCGAAGGCCUCAGCCAUCGCUACAUCUUCAACAUGUAUCAAAACAUCCGCUUCCUGGACCAGGAAACCAAGCGCCAGAAAUGCGUACUGCCCUGCACGCCCCUCGCGAUCGUCAAGAUCCUGGAAUACCUGAACAUCUACAACACCAUCCUGCCCUACGGCAACAGACUCUUCGGCCACACUAUCUGCGUGGUUAACCGGUCCGAGGUCGUGGGUCGGCCCCUGGCGGCACUGCUGGCUAAUGACGGUGCCUGCGUUUACAGCGUUGAUAUCACCGGCGUGCAGAAGUUUACCCGUGGCGAGGGGUUGCAGAAGAAGCGUCAUGAGAUUCAUGAGAUGGAGGGUGCGACUAUUAAGGAUGUUGCGCCGCUUUGUGAUGUUGUUAUCUCGGGUGUUCCCGGUGAUAAGUAUAAGUUUGAUACUAGCUUGUUGCGGGAGGGUGCUGUUUGCGUUAACUUCUCCAGUGAGAAGAACUUCCCCCACGAGGUCCGCGACAAGGCCUCCAUCUUCGUCCCCUCCAUCGGAAAGGUGACCAUUGUCGUCCUCCUCCGUAAUCUGCUGCGUCUUAUCCAAAACAAGCGCGUGGACGACGUCAAGCCCGCCGCAGCCACUGAGCGUCCCGGCACCCUUGAGGCGUCUUCUUAA